ACAAUAAAGUUUUGGCAACACCGUCAGUGAAUAAAGAAUUUUUUGUGUGAAAAUUUUCCAAUUCGAAAAAAAUUUUGUGAAAUCGUGCUUUGUAAAAAAAGUAUUUAAAAACGUGUGUUAUAUAUGCGAAUUCCAGAAAAAUCAAUAAUCAUUGUUAAAUAAAAAUUAAAUACGCAAUUUAAUUGCAACGUAGGAAAAAAGAUUUUCUCUAAAAAGCUCCCAAAUCAAUGGUCUGAUAAAAGUCCACAUAAGGAAAAGUAAAAUAAAAAAAAUCGAAAAAGAAAAGAAACCCUAUUAUACAUUUUCUUUCUGCGUUCAAUUUGUAACACAUAUAAAAAAUUCGAAAGAAAUCGAAAAAUUAACAAAGAAAAUGUUAGGAAAACAAUAAAAAUUGGUCAACUGUAAAACUCGAAUCGAUUUGAAAGUCAACAGGCUUACUGCAUACCGGCAUAAACACAAAAAACACAAUGGGAGAUGUUGAUCCAGAAACACUUUUGGAAUGGCUCUCAAUGGGCCAGGGGGAUGAGCGUGACAUGCAAUUGAUUGCUCUCGAGCAGCUUUGUAUGCUUCUGUUAAUGUCAGAUAAUGUGGACAGGUGUUUUGAAAGUUGUCCACCACGUACUUUUCUACCAGCACUCUGCAAAAUCUUUCUUGAUGAAUUGGCACCAGAAAAUGUACUAGAAGUUACUGCUCGUGCCAUUACAUAUUAUUUGGAUGUAUCUGCUGAGUGUACUCGUCGUAUUGUUGCCAUUGAUGGCGCCAUUAAAGCAAUUUGCAAUCGUUUAGUAGUGGCAGAUUUAUCAUCACGUACAUCACGCGAUUUAGCUGAACAAUGCAUUAAAGUAUUGGAAUUGAUUUGUACCCGUGAGGCUGGUGCUGUAUUCGAUGGUGGCGGCCUUAACUGUGUACUCUCCUUUAUACGAGAUUGUGGUUCACAGGUGCACAAGGAUACUUUGCAUUCUGCUAUGGCGGUGGUGUCACGUCUCUGCACUAAAGUUGAACCAAAUACUCCCUGUAUACAGAAUUGUGUCGAGAGUCUUAGUACUUUGCUACAACAUGAAGAUCCUAUGGUGUCUGAUGGAGCUUUGAAAUGUUUUGCCUCUGUUGCUGAUCGUUUUACACGUAAAUGGGUUGACCCAGCUCCCCUUGCGGAAUAUGGCCUAGUAAAUGAAUUGCUUAAACGUUUAAGUAAUGCUGCAGGACCUGUUGGAAGUUCUGCACUAACAGCUACCGGUGGAACAACUCCAACAGCCGGUGCUCCUUCAUCAUCCAGUACUCAGGGUGAAACUUUGGCUGCCCCUGUGCCUGCUCCCAUUCAAAAAGCUCAAACUACUGAUUCCAGUCGUUCAUCUCAAUCGAUAUCUACUACAAUUUCACUAUUGUCCACCCUCUGCCGUGGUUCAUCUUCAAUAACACAUGACUUAUUACGUUCUCAGCUACCAGAUGCCAUUGAGAGGGCUCUUAAAGGUGAUGAGCGUUGCGUACUAGAUUGUAUGAGAUUAGCAGAUCUGCUGCUUUUACUGCUUUUUGAAGGUCGUCAGGCCUUGAAUAGAGUGGGGGCGGCCGGUGGUCAAGGUCAAUUGGCCUCACGCGCCCGUCGCAAUGAUUCCACUGUAGAAAGAACACAUCGUCAACUUAUUGAUUGUAUACGCUCUAAAGAUACUGAAGCCCUACAAGAAGCCAUCGAAUCUGGUGGAAUCGACGUCAACUGCAUGGAUGAUGUGGGUCAAACACUUUUAAAUUGGGCCUCUGCAUUUGGCACCCUAGAAAUGGUUGAAUACCUUUGCGAAAAAGGUGCAGAUGUCAAUAAGGGACAGCGCAGCUCAUCUCUUCACUAUGCUGCUUGUUUUGGAAGACCUGGCAUAGCAAAGGUUCUCCUUAAAUAUGGAGCUUAUCCCGACUUGCGCGAUGAAGAUGGCAAAACUCCAUUGGAUAAGGCCCGCGAACGCAAUGACGAUGGUCAUCGUGAGGUAGCUGCUAUACUACAAUCGCCUGGCGAAUGGAUGGCAGCUGGACAUAGUCUUGUCAACAAGGAUGGCAGUGAGGAUAAUUCAACUAUUGAGCCACGUGGUGACCCCGAAAUGGCACCAGUAUAUUUAAAAUUAUUUUUGCCCAUGUUUUGUCGCACAUUUCAAGGCACCAUGCUUAGCAGUGUUCGUCGCGCCAGUUUGGGUCUUAUCAAAAAAAUGGUUCAAUAUGCACAACCAAAUGUCCUUAAAGGACUCUGCGAAACUCAACAGGAUUCUAGUAAUGCUGAAUUACCAGUUGUGGUCUCUAUUAGCAGUAGCGGUAAUUUAGGUACCCUAUUGGUGGAAGUUGUAGCCAGUGUUUUAGAUAAUGAGAUAAGCUACAGUUGGCCAACGCAAAGACCGUCUUUAUGCAACGGCAUGUUAAAACCAGCUCGUACUACAACAGGGCCAGCGGAUCCACGCUUUAUUGUGCCCUUGGAACCAAAAACUGAUUAUAGGGACGACGACGAUGGACACCUAGUUGUACUUACAAUAAUUGAAGAACUUAUGAGUAAAACUCAAGAUGAGUUCUUGGAUCAUUUUGCACGUUUGGGAGUAUUUUCCAAAGUACAAGCUCUUAUUGAGCCAGAAAAUGAAAGCGAAACAGUCAAAGCAACAACAAUAACUUCUGUUUCAACGACUGUCACAUCUGAUGAUACGGUGACGACAGCAGGUGGUGGUAGUAGUACUAGCGGUGGAGCAGCUGGUCAACAGCAAAGUUUAACCACAGAUGAUGCUAUGGAAGAUGCAAAGGAAAUACUACAAUGUAAAGCAUAUCAUUGGCACGAGUGGAGUAUUUGUCGCGGUCGUGAUUGUUUAUAUGUGUGGUCUGAUUCAGCUGCCUUGGAACUAUCGAAUGGUUCAAAUGGCUGGUUCCGUUUCAUACUCGAUGGUAAAUUGGCCACUAUGUAUUCAAGCGGAAGUCCCGAAAAUGGCAAUGACAGUUCAGGCAGGGGACGUGGCAUGGAUUCUUCCAAUAGUGAAGAAAAUCGUGGUGAAUUUUUGGAAAAACUAUUACGUGCCCGUUCUGCAGUACGUCCGGGCACACCAUCGCAACCCAUCCUACCAACAGUUAGCGUAUUACGUAUAGUUGUUGGCAAUUGGGUUUUGCAAUCGCAAAAACAAGGCCAGUUACAAAUACACAAUACCGAAGGUCAUCAGGUUACUAUAUUGCAAGAUGAUUUGCCCGGUUUUAUAUUUGAAAGUAAUCGUGGCACAAAGCAUACAUUCACAGCAGAAACUACAUUGGGACCAGAUUUCGCUACGGGCUGGUCAACUAAUAAGAAAAAGAAGAUUAAAACUAAAACUGAAGUUCAAAAGACUCAGGUUAAAAAUAUGGCUCGUGAUAUUUACAACAAAUAUUUUAAGGCUGCACAGGCAGUUCCACGUGGAGCUGUAGCCAAAUUAACUAGUAUAGUGAAGAGAAUUGAAAUUGCCCUGGAAGAGCAACGUUUGCCUGGUCAGACCGUUUGGCAAGAUAAACUACGUGAAGCUUUGAAUGAGUUGUCGCAACUUCUGCAAGAAGAUGGAGUUGUUAGUGCUUAUGAAAUGCACUCAUCUGGUUUGGUACAAGCUCUGGUGGCAGUGCUCUCUAAAAACUACUGGGACAAUGGUUUAUCUCGUACCAAAAUGAAUAAAUUACAAAAACAACGUGUUGCUAUAUUUAAACAGUGUAUACUGGAACGCAACGAAUUAAAUACUAAGACUAAUAAUACCGCCUCUAUUUUAGUCCAAAAAUUGGUUGCUGUCUUAGAAAGCACCGAGAAACUUCCUGUCUUUUUAUACGAUGCCCCUGGUCCCGGUUAUGGCUUACAAAUACUUACCAAACGUUUACGUUUCCGCUUAGAACGAGCGGCCUGUGAGACUACUCUUUUCGAUCGUACUGGCAGAACUCUAAAAAUGGAACCUUUGGCCACAGUUGGUCAGCUGUCAAAAUACUUGCUUAAAAUGGUUGCUAAACAAUGGUAUGAUAUGGAUCGUAGCACAUUUUUAUAUUUGAAAAAAUUGCGUGAACAUAAACAAGGCAUGGUGUUUAAGCAUCACUAUGAUUUUGAUGAAGAAGGUCUUAUAUACUACAUCGGUUCGAAUGGCAAGACAUGCGAAUGGGUAAAUCCAGCUCAGUAUGGUCUCGUUCAGGUCACAAGUUCUGAAGGUAAAACUCUGCCAUAUGGAAAGCUGGAAGAUAUUCUUUCUCGUGAUAGUAUCUCUGUAAACUGUCAUACAAAGGAUAAUAAGAAAGCCUGGUUCGCCAUUGAUUUAGGUGUUUACGUAAUACCGAAUGCUUAUACACUACGCCAUGCUCGCGGUUAUGGCCGUUCGGCUUUGCGUAAUUGGAUGUUGCAAGGAUCUAAGGAUGGCGUUAACUGGACCACAUUAGUUACACAUGCUGACGACAAAAGUCUCGUAGAACCCGGUAGUACAUCAACCUGGCCAAUAGUAUGUGCACCUGACGAGAACCAAGGUUUCCGUCACAUACGCAUCCAACAAAAUGGUCGUAACGCUUCUGGCCAAACACAUUAUCUGAGUUUAAGUGGCUUUGAAAUUUAUGGACGUAUUGUAAGUGUAUGCGAUGACAUCGGCAAAGGUUCAAAGGAAGCAGAGGCCAAGAUACGUCGGGAACGUCGGCAAAUUCGUGCUCAAUUGAAACAUAUAACCACUGGAGCGCGUGUUGUACGAGGUGUCGACUGGCGCUGGGAUGAUCAGGAUGGUGGUUGCGAAGGCACUGUAACUGGUGAAAUUCAUAACGGAUGGAUAGAUGUAAAAUGGGAUCAUGGUGUUCGAAACUCAUACCGUAUGGGUGCCGAAGGAAAGUACGAUUUAAAACUGGCCAAUAGUGAAAAUAUUUCCAUGUUUGAAGGUGGAUCGGCAAUCGCUCCCAGUGCAACUAGUAACAGUAGUAAGAAAGGAAUCUCCUUAAAUUCAAGAAAAUCAAGUUCAACCCCUUCUCUGCCCGAAGCAACAGAAAUUAAUCGUAAUUCCGAAGGUCCACCAGAUCAAGCUGCUUCUGCAGACAACUUAGCUUGGAAACAAACAGUAGAAGCUAUAACUGAAGACGUAUUUUCUUCGGCCAAAUCUCAAAUGUUAGCUGGUGGUUCAGGAGCUGGAGUAGUAGGCGACGAAAAUCAAGGAAGUCAAGGCAAAAGCGCAUCAUCGGGCGCGGCCGGAGUGUCCGUUGGUAAUACUUCAACUUUGCUUAGAGAACGCGACAACAUUACAGAUUUAUCAACUAUAAAUAAUUCAAUGCAGGCAAUAAAUGCCAAUGUCGCAUCUGAUCUUGCUACAAUAACAGAAAAUUUGGCUUUGAGUGAUAAUCCUCCACCCAGUGGGUUGGCUACCAUUACCAGUGCUGCUACUGGCUUUGGUACUUCCAAUGCAAAUAGUAAGAAUGCUUUGGCUGCUAUAUUUGGUAAUGUUAGUUCGUCGGGAUCUGGUUCAGCUGCAGCCUCAACAUCAUCAUCCUCUUGUGAAGCCAACAAUAAGAUGAAUGCCAACAACUCUGCUGCAAGUGGAAGUAUUGGUAAAGGCCUUUUAGUUAAUUUACGUUCUGGUACGUCUGCUAGUCAACGUGUCUCUCAAUUUUCAUCCGAGGCUCUCGAAAUGAUUGAUAAAAUGCGCGAUGGCGUUGAUAUGUUACGAAACAACACUAAUAAUAUACUGGCAUCAGAUAUUUUGUCAUUGCCAGGAACAAAUUUACUUGCUGCUACUUGCGUGAAAUCAAAUAAUCCCAGAACAGGCGAUAUAAGUGACAACAUGAGUAAUUUAAGUGUCGAUUGUCCCGGUUCGGCAAACGUAAGCGGUAACAAUGAUACUACAGAUGUUGUAGAAAAGAGCUGUGGUAAUGAUACACACGUUGAAAGCGGUGUUUACAAUGAACAAUCAGUCGGUGGUACUGAUGCUGGCAAUGAUUCGCAGGCAUCUGUACAGAAUAGUGAAAAUAAUGAGAGCGAAGUUUCGGUAUCAGUUUCGAAUCAAAUGAGUGUCAGUGUACCAAAUUUGACUACCACUUCGGCCUCAGAAACUCAAUCACAAUCGGAAACGUCUACUCACACUGGUUUAUUGGAAACAUUUGCUGCUAUGGCUCGUCGCCGUACUUCACAAGGAACCAAUUUACAAAACAAUCAAAUUAUGAAUUCUACAAAUGCAAAUUCAAAUGAGCGAAAUAACCAGAAUUCUGGCGGAGGUUCGAAUUCGUUUUUCCCUAGAGGUCCAAAUUCAGUAACAAGUUUAGUAAAACUAGCGCUUUCUUCAAAUUUCCAUUCGGGCCUUCUCAGUACUGCUCAGAGUUAUCCAAGUUUGUCUUCUAAUAAUGCAGCUAAUACGGCAGGAUCGAAUGCUAAUUCUGGCACAGGAAAUACCUCUUCUGGCCAACAGGGACAAGCUUCAAUAAAUCCAGCCCUCACUAUGAGCCUCACUUCAACUUCUAGUGAUAGCGAACAGGUUUCGUUGGAAGAUUUUCUUGAAACUUGUCGUGCUCCUGCUUUGUUGGGAGACAUGGACGAUGAUGAUGAUAUGGAUGAGGAUAACGAUGAUGAAGAAAAUGAGGAUGAAUAUGAAGAGGUUGGAAACACCUUAUUACAAGUAAUGGUGUCGCGAAAUCUAUUGACCUUCAUGGAUGAUGAAACAUUUGAAAAUCGUUUGGCAGGUGUUACUAAACGUAAAUCAUGGGAUGACGAAUUUGUUUUGAAACGCCAAUUUUCGGCUUUAAUACCAGCUUUUGAUCCCAGACCAGGUCGUACAAAUGUCAAUCAGACAUCAGAAUUGGAAAUUCCUACUCCCGGAACUAGUGCCGAAGCAGCACGCACAAGCGAACAGGAACCUAUUCAACAACCAAUAUUGGCUUUGUCUCUACGUGGACCAGGCAUAGGAGGCGUUCCUGAUGUUGAAAUUGAACUGACCAACAAUGAUUGGACCAUUUUCCGUGCUGUUCAAGAACUGCUGCAAGCUUCUCAACUCAGCAAAGCAGAUAAGUUCCGUAAAACUUGGGAACCAACAUACACCAUUGUAUACCGCGAAUUGCAACCCACCCUCAACCAAGAUGCCGCUGAUGCAGAUGAAGGAAACAACACACCCGUGGUAUCCUCAAAAAGUGGUGCAUCCACAUUGUCGCCCAACUCUCCAGUACGGGGUGAAUUUAUCACUUCGGAAAAUGUUAACUGCACCGUAGAAGAUGUACUGCAACUAUUGAGUCAAUUGAACACACUAAAUCAAGCCAUUAAGGAAGCGAAUGAUUUGAACGAAAGCACUUCAAAUAGCAACACUACAAUCUUACCAGUGGAGAUUUUCAUGAGUAAGAAAAUCACUAAUAAACUACAGCAACAAAUUCAAGAUCCCUUGGUAUUAUCGAGUAAUUCUUUGCCAAUUUGGUGCGAAGACCUAAACCAGUCAUGCCCGUUCCUGUUUCCAUUUGAAACACGACAAUUAUACUUCAAUUGCACUGCAUUUGGUGCUUCUCGAAGUAUUGUUUGUCUGCAAUCUCAAAGGGACGCUACGCUCGAGAGACAACGAAUGCCAGGUUUAAGUCCACGUCGAGAUGACCAACAUGAAUUCCGUGUGGGAAGACUUAAACAUGAAAGAGUCAAAGUUCCUCGUGAUGAAAACUUAUUGGAAUGGGCCAUGCAGGUUAUGAAAGUACAUUGUAAUCGCAAAUCUGUUCUGGAAGUUGGUUUUAUGGGCGAAGAAGGUACUGGCCUAGGACCGACCUUAGAAUUUUUCGCGCUUGUGGCUUCUGAAUUGCAAAGAUCCGACUUGUGUAUGUGGUUGUGUGAUGAUGAUCCAUCACAAAGAAGCGAAUUAAUAGAGAAAUUUGAACAGGAGAAAGAAAAAUCAGCAGGAAACCUUAAAGAAGCCAAUAAACCUAUUGGUUACUACGUAAAUCGACGAGAAACUGGUCUUUUCCCAGCUCCUCUGCCCCAAGACUCGGAAGUGUGCGAAAAGGCAUCCAAACACUUUUGGUUUUUGGGUGUUUUCAUAGCAAAAGUUUUGCAAGACAUGCGAUUGGUGGAUUUACCUCUAUCUGAUUCUUUCCUUCAGUUGUUAUGUCAUAACAAAAUCUUAUCUAGUUCUACUCCGCAUAAAAGUUCUAAUACUGCUUCGGAAGAUUUAAUGGCCACCUCAGUAAUGUCCGAAGAUUCCGAAUUAGCAGACACAUGUUCAAAAUUACUCGGUACCGAUUACCGUUCCGAUACGAGAUGGUACGACGGAAUAUUAUCAUAUGAAAAUCUUGCCGAAAUCGAUCCCAUACGCUAUGAAUUCAUCAAAGAACUACAGGAGCUUUUGGCUCGCAAACAAUCCAUUGAAGCAGAUCUAAGCCUUACAACCGAACAACGUCAGACAGCAAUUGCUAAUCUCAAACUACAUAGUAAAAAUGGCGCCGAAGUUAAUCUAGAAGAUUUAGCUUUGACCUUUACCUAUUUACCAAGUUCAUCUGUUUAUGGCUAUGAAUAUGCCGAAUUAGUGCCCAACGGUGUUGACAUCGAUGUUACUAUUAAUAAUUUGGAAGAGUAUUGUGAGUCCCUGAUAAGUUUUUGUCUACAAGAUGGUAUUGCCAAACAACUGGAUGCAUUCCAUCGUGGUUUCUGUGAAGUUUUCCCUCUACAAAAAUUGGCAGCAUUUAGUCCAGCCGAAGCACGUAUGAUGAUAUGCGGUGAACAGCAUCCACAAUGGACCCGAGAAGAUCUCAUCAAUUAUACUGAACCUAAAUUGGGUUAUUCUAAAGAUAGUCCCGGUUUUCUACGUUUUGUUAAUGUUUUAAUGAGUAUGACGGGUCCGGAGCGUAAAGCAUUCCUACAAUUUACAACUGGAUGCAGCAGUUUACCGCCUGGUGGUUUGGCUAACUUACAUCCACGCCUAACAGUGGUACGCAAAGUAGAUGCUGGUGACGGUAGCUAUCCUUCAGUCAAUACUUGUGUACACUAUUUGAAAUUGCCCGAUUAUCAAACCGAAGAGAUAAUGAAAGAACGUUUACUAACAGCGACAAAAGAGAAAGGAUUCCAUUUAAAUUAAAAUGUGAAUAAUCAAACGAUUACUUUUGAUUCUCACUUAAAUAUUUAUUAUUAUUAUUUUUUGUUUUUUUUUUUGGUUAAUUAAUCUUAUAAUGAGGUAAUAAUGAAGAUGAUGUUUGUCUUAUGUUUGUCCUGCGAUUCUGAUUAUUAUGAUAUUAAUAAGAAAAAUAUUAGAUGUUUGAUAGAGAUAACAUUAAACAUAUGAAUGAAAGAGAUGAGGCAUUUUUUGACACAUUGAAGAAGCAGGAAAACAAACUACACAACAACAACUAAUAAAUUAAGAUUUGUUAUUUAAGUUAAUGCUACUUCUUCUACUACUAUUACUGCGAAAUUGGGAACAUGUUGCUUUUCAUUGUUUUGAUUAAUACUAAGAUACACAUACACAACACACACUCUAAUACCACUAAUAUUUGCUUUAACGUUAUUGUAAAUUUAAAACAAUUUCUUUGAUUGAUUUACAUUUCCUAAUAAUUUCUAUUUUGCUAUAGGUCCAAAUAAUUUGGUUGAUGUUUGUUUAUUUUUAUUUUUAUAUUAUUGUUAAUUUUGUGUAAAAUUAUAAACAAAAUAGCUAUUAUUCUGAGUUUUACAAACUGCUGUAAGAAAAGGAAACUAGUUAUUAUUCCUGUAAAGCUAUUAUUUUCUAUUGCUACUCCCUU